UUAAAUGCCCGAAAUGCUUCGCAAGAAAGAGGCGUUUACGCUGGUGACGCCAAUCCCGGGCUUCAUCCCGCGACAGCUGGCCAUCGACAUCCUGCACUCUCACAGCGAGGUCCUCACUCUCAACCCGCUCGUCCUCGGCCACAAGCCCAUCCCAGCGCCUCGCAAUGCCGCCGCCGACGAGUUCUACAGCACCUGGUACGAAAUCGAGGAGCGCAUCCAGGUCAUCCCCGGAAUGGGCAAGAUGGGCGCCGGCAAGAUCAAGUUCAACGGCUGCUUCCACGACAUGCCCUGGGGCCUGCAGACUCACAUCUAUGCGCCCAUGAACAUUGACCUGCGCAACAAGUAUCGCAUUUGCGGCAACCAGCCCGGCAUCGAGCCGCCAGAGACUCGCGAGAUUGGCCUGGAGAGCCUGGGAGCCCCCGCCGACGGCCUCUACCUGCGCGAAGACAUCGAGUUCAAGUGCAACAUCGCCAUGGUUACCUUUGUCAGAGCCCAGCUCAAGGCUGCCAACCGAGAGAUGGUCCAGCGCAUCAUCAAAAAGGCCGAACUUCUUGACGCCGGCGUUCUUCAAGCCAUGAUGGAGGACGGCAAGCUCAAGACAGUCAACCCGAUGGAUCGCUCCAUCACGCCCGCAGUGGGCUCGAUGCAAGAUCCCAGACGGCAAUCUGCUUACGCGCAGAGCCCACCCUUUGGACAGCAAAGCCCACAGCUGGCACAGGCAUCUCAGAUGCCACCAAGCUACUCGCCAGGAUACCCCCAACACGCUUACCCUGCUCCCUCGCAGACGCCUCAGCUGCAGGAUCCUCGCCAAUCCAUGUACCAGCAGCAGCAACACCAGGGCAUGUAUGCGCCGCCGCCAAUUCCGCCCAAGGAACAAAUGGUCAUCAUGGAGCUUCCGGGCGACUUCCCUCCUCAUGUUUCUCCUGGCCUCUACCCGUCUCCGCUGCCCAGCCCGGGAUAUCGUCCAGCUUCAGGAUCUUCAAAUGAUCCUCGAUGGUCGCAGGGCCAGCCAAGCCCGGGUUUGGUCAAUCCACUCAGGCUGAGCAACGUGAGCCAACUCUCCACAAGCAGCGCAGGCCAUCCUCAUGGUUUUGUAAGCGAGCUUUCGACACACAAUGAAAAGUCAGAGUAUUAGAUGCAUUGUGCUGCACUUUCACGUUUUUUAUUCCCCCUUUUCUAAUUUCGACGAAGACGAGAUAAAAUUUUAUAAGAUACCAAUGGUGAAUGAAGAGAAAUGAUGUCUGCCAGAGAUGAAAGAGAAGCUCGUUAAUACCAAAGAUGACGGGGGAAUUUGAGACGCAAUCUUUUCGUCGAUCGAUACACUGUGGCGUAUCUUUCAAAUUUCUUUUGUAUUAUUCUUCUGUACAUAUAUACCCCAUCCAAAGACAUGUGGUAAUUCUUUUGUUUUAUUGUUAUACCUAGGGAAUCUUGGAAAAAUAGUUUGGAGCUUGGAAUACCACUUAGCGUUAUUUUUGGUAAUUAAUACAUGAUCUCAUUGCUUUUGUA